UUGUCCUCUCUUUAUCUGAAUUUCGGCGGCUCCGGAUUUUCACUGCCCUUCAGAUUCCCGCCAAAUAUUUUGUUCGAUCAAUUGAAGGAGUCCGAUAUUAUUUUUGAAAAUUUCAUCGGUUUCAGUUUUGGGUUCGAUCUGUUGACGGGGUUAAUCAUUCCACAGAUCUUGCAGCAGGAAGGAGAAAAGCUCGUUGAAAUUUGGGGAAAAAUGUACGCGAGGAAAGCCAGCGAAUUGGUGAAGGAAUUUGCGACCUGCGAGCCUGGGCAGCUUACCACUUUCAAUAAUGAUUUAUUCGGUCAAGUUCUUGAAGAAUGCGAUGGGCAUCUUCUUCACCUUCAACCUUUGAUGAGGAAGAUUCAAGAGCAUGAGAACAAUUUGAGAAAUCAAAACAGUUCAGAAGAUGAAAAUGGGAUUUCAGAAGACGAAAGGAGGCAAUCUGAAGCUGAGAAAAUGACCCUUAAAGCAGCUCUUAAAUCCGAUCAGUUUGGGGCAUUGAUCCAUCACCUUUCACUUGUGCGCAAUAAGCGUUGUCUCAUGACUUAUAUAUAUAAACGAGCUGAAGUCAUCAGAAGCUUGGGGUGGAUGGUGGAGAGCGUGCUUCCUGAAUCAAUCGAAGAGAAGCUCAGUAGUGCUGAGAAAGAAUAUUUCAAAGAUCAUGUUGCAACUGUACAAUCAUAUAUGGCAGAUCUUGAUCUUCAUUUGACUGUGGAUAUGGUCCCUCCAAAAGAUCCAUUUAUCAAAGUGAGAGUAGUUGACGAUAUUGGCGAGGUUGCACUUAGUGAUCAGGUAGCCAACCUUGCUCGACAUGCUAUCAUGUUCCUUCGACGAACCGAUGCAGAGCAGUACAUCACUCAGGGCCAGAUGGAAGAACUCACAAGUUGACUCGAGGCUCAGAGCCAGGAUUCUGACAAAGAUUUCAAUAACUCUCAUACUCAGCUGCUAAAUAUGUUUCACACUACAUGAAAACCAUUCGUCAUUUAGUCGAUGGAUUUACAGCAAUUCAGUAGCUACUUUCUCAGUGAUACACACAUUGUAGGAUGAAUAUUAUAUGACUGUAACUAUCAUGUCUGAUCAUCGAUGAUGCCAGAUUAUUAUUUGCAAGGAAAACAGACCAAGUCAGACAUAAAUGAUUUUAUAGGUGUUCGAUUAUCUUCGAUUGCUGAUUAUUGUUUAUUUGAUAGCUGUUUGAGUAAGCAACCCCAGCCCACAAAACAACAGCCAACUCACCCCUCUUUUUCUCCAUUUUAAAUUGCAGAUCAAGUCUUCAGGCGACAACUGUAAGGUCUGCAGUUUUCCAGGUACUGUGUGUGAGGCCAAGUGCAUAUGGCUACAAGUGAAGUUAAACUCAACAACGGCUCGAUCGGCGUCAUCUUAAAAUCCGACGAGGAAAGCACUUGCCAUCUGACCCUAAACGAGAUCACGAGCGCUUACAUCAUCAUCAGGCCCGGUUACGGCAGCUCCAUGUUCGAUCACCAUCUCGAAGUUCAGGAGAUACUCAAAGACCAGAAACAAAGGGACCGGCGCACGAGCAUUUUCGUUUGGACCAUUCCUAAUGUUGCGAAGGUCGACUCUUUUGCAAUAGAGCUGGAUUCGUUUGUUCGAUCCUAUGAUCCCGAUGUUGUCGUUGUGUUCCAGCCCGGGACUAGGUAUGGACCGUUCGGGUACUUUUUUCGUUCCCUCGGGUUUAUGGACAACUUAGAGAUUAGCAGCAGCGACUACGGUCCGUGUAAAGGCGCGUGGGUUGCUUGGCGAAAGCGGAAGUCGGAUUUCGAGAUUGUAUGCAUUGACGCUGGGAAUAAAUGUCUUCACUUGGAAAUGAUCAAGACAUAGUGUUUCUAAGGUGCUUCUUACAAAUACAACUUUAAUCCCUUACAUGGUAAUAAUAAAGACAUCAUAGUCUCAGUAGCUAUUAUGUCCGUUUUACUGUAGAU